AUUCUAGAAACGUCGUCGUCGUCGUCUCUUUUUGAUCCUUUUCUCGCCCGUACCCUCCCAAACCUUUGUUCGGCAAAACCAUCUCUCUCUGCAACUCUCAAAUUCUCUCUUUCUCGAAUUGCUCGAUAGUAUCUCUCAGUUAUUCGUUCAUGGCGACGAUUCCACCACUUGAUUUCUGUGGAGUAUUAGUGGAAUCGAAGAAGAUCGUGAACGCCCAUUCUCGCCAUUUCUUGGCCCUUUCAGUUCUAUUCCUUCUCCCUCUCACCUUUUCUCUCAUAUUCUUCUCCACUGUUCGACAUGCCAUCGCCGAACCAGGACGAAAUUCCGCUCAAACCCUACUCCGUUAUAGCCCUGAACAUCGAUUGUUCUUAAAAACCACGGGUUUGUCUAUGAUCUAUGCCCUCACGAUCCUUACCUUAUCUAUCUGCGCUGCAGGAACCAUCACAUACAGCGUAUACCAUGGAUUCUUCGGUCGGCCGGUGAAAUUUGCAUCGGCUAUCAAAUCUCUUUCGAAUUCUUUUCUUCGUCUGUUUGUGACGUUUAUCUGCUCGCAAAUAAUCGUCUUGGCGAUCUCUUUUGCCGUUGGUGUCAUCGUGUUUUUGGUGAUUAAAGGGAUUGACUCUCUAGGGUUUCAGAUCUCGCCAUCUUCGCCUUACAUUUUCGCUGCUUAUGCGAUUGGCUUGGUGGCUUUGGGUUCCGGAUUGUUUUAUUUGCAGGUGAAUUGGGCUUUGGCUUCUGUGGUGGUGGUGGUAGAGUCGAGUUGGGGACUGGAACCGUUGAGGCGAAGUACUUAUCUGGUGAAGGGCAUGAGAGGGAUUGCAGCUUCUCUGUUGUUGUUCUUCGGCUUGGUUUUGGGGAUUACGGUGUGGACUAACUGGGGAUUCGCGGUGGCUCCGGGCGGUUUGAGGGAUUGGAUAUUUGUUGCACUGACCGUUAUUUCUUCUGCUUUGAUUAUGAUGUGCGUGCUUCAUAGUGUAGCGGCGAAUACAGUGUUGUAUAUGUACUGUAAGGCUUUACAUGGGGAGCUUGCAGGGGAGAUUGCAGAGGAGUUCGCUCGGGAAUAUGUCAGUUUGCCCUUCGAUGAAGAGAAGAUUCCUCAUAUCGUUCAUGUUGCCCAGCCAUGAUUAUUCUGUUGGAUGUGGUUACUUGGUUCUAAAACAAGAGGUGAAUUGCAAUAUCUGUAUUUUAAGUUAACAUCACUCGUCAGUUUGAAUUGGAAUAGCUUUUCACAGGGUUUUGAUGCAGUGUGUCAAUUUUGAGUUAUCUGUCUCUGUAGAAAUUGUGCAGUGGCACUUUAGUCUGAAAGAGAGAAUAUUAGUUGUAAAGAGGAAGUCUUAAAAAGCUAUGUACGGUCUUGGGAAAGGCUGUAACUUGCAAGUGUUCCAUAGCAGAAGAAAUACCCAACUUAAUUGGAUUCUUAUUAGGAGAAAAACAGAGGAAAUAAUGUUAUUGGAGUUUUGUAGGUUCUAAAUUUUGGAUUAUAAUCCUUCAAUAGCGAUCUGAGUGAUUCUGGCUUGGUUUGGUCACCUAACAUAACAGUUACAUAAUUCAUGCUACGAUGGCAUUGCAGAAGUGCAUUUUGAAGAUGCUUUAUAAUGGUCAGCUCAGUUAACCAAUCUGGGAAGAAGAACCAUACUGUGUUUUGUUGAAUGUUUUCUAGCAUUAGUCAUCUGUUAUCAGUGUCAUAUAUCUUCAUUGGAAGCUCCAUGUCAGCUGUAACAAGACGACGACGACGACGACGACGACAACAACAACAAUGAUGACGACAUCCAAAACCUUAUCUCAACUUAAUUGGGUCUUCUACAUGGAAAUUUCAUGCUAGGACGAGCACAAGCAUUUAUGCAAAAAGAUUGACGGGUUAUGGCUAAUUAUAAUAAGUGCUGGUUGUCAACCUAAUGCACCGUUACAAAUCAGCCAUAGGAUUUUAAUGAAAGACUAUAAUAAGGUAAUGCCUGUCUACCUGACAUACCAUAUAGGUCGGUCAAGCCAAAGCAUUCUACAUACAUUAUAUUCACCACCAAGACAAUCAAUCACCCUACCUACUUUUAUGAAGGCGGAAUGAAAUAACGAAUUCUUGACAACCCCGCUAAGCUUGAAAAAUAAUAAGAAAUCAAAAGUUUGCACAAUAAGAAAAUUUUCUUUACAUUUUUGUAUCAAGCCAUAUUUAGAUCCAUGACCCAAUGACCAUCUAAGAGAACUAUAUAAUUCAACCAUAAUAAGAGUUGUUAACACUAAUCCCCCUGAAAUAAAAUAUUUUGUAUGGGUCAUUGCAGAGAUGUGGUCCAGAUUUACUGACCGUAAGGUGAUUGGUCAGUUCAGUUGGUGCUCAGUUUGUUCCUUGAGUUAAGCCUCAGGUUGAUAAUCGGUGUAGACUCAUGCAAAGUGGUUUUCUUUUUCUCUUCCUUAUUGAAAAUACUCUCUUUUGGGGGCGGGGGUUGAUGUUUGAAUUAGUCAUUCUAUGAAAUUUGUCUGGUGGCCAUUUAAUUUUGAUGCUAAUCAGAUUAUAGAUUGAGUAUUAAUUUUGGAUUUUUAGGGACAAAGUUUUUUGUCUGAGAGGUGCCUCUGCCCCACAGACACAGAGGGCACACACAAUGACCACCUUGCCCCUCCUGGGGCUGUGUCUGGGAGGACAGAGAACACUUGCCCUUAAUUUUAUUCUUAAGCAGUGUAUCACAUACUUCACAUGUCUUCUCCCCUUCUGGAACAUGCAAAACUGUAUGUGUGGGCAUUGUUGUCCUAACUUGACAGUUGUGUUGCGUUUUUAUAAACAUAUCAUGUGAUUUAUGAGAAGUUACCUGUGCAAUGUAUGACUGAAGCUACAAGUGAAAGCAAAAUUCAGUGUUUGAAAUCCAUAAAUGAUAAGAGUUUUAACUUUAGACCUUGUUGAGUUUGUAGAAACUCUCAGGACUAGGAUAUUCAAUUACUGCUUACUUGCUGUUCUUUUCUUCCCUACUCAUUAGAGUCUCUUUUCAAUCACUGUAGCAGAAAAUGAUUGAUAAAAGAGAGUGCCAGUUUCCUCUGAGCUUGUCAAAUUAUGUUUCUUUUCUUUUUUCCGGUAGUGUAUUCACUGGCCUGGUUCUAGGAUAAUGUUUCUCAUUCAUUUCAUAAAAUAGCUACAGUUCAGCUAAACUAAUUGUUCAAUUAAUUCUCAAAAAAAAUGUUUUCCAGAAAUUGUAAGCCCGCCUCUAUGAUAUGAUAUUUUAAAGUUGAUGUUUAAUUAAUAUUGUUAUUGAAA